AUGAAACUUGUAUGGUUUUUACCGGUGGCUCUGCUGAUUGUGACCCAAGUGGCAUUGGGAUCUAACAAUGGCAACAAUGGGUUGGAUAUGGCAGCGCAGAGGCGUGCCGCCAACAUUCACCGAAUGGACACCAUCAUCCUUCUCACCUACGUUUCUGUGAUGGUCGUCAUUGUGGUCACUGCGUGGGCAUUCAAGCAUUACCGGCUCAGAUUCAUUCAUGAGAGUGGUGUCACACUGUUCUAUGGAUUACUGAUUGGAUUUGUGAUUCGAUACUUUGGUCUGGGUCUGCUGCAAUCACAGACGUUUGAUGUGGAAACUAAGAACAAGACUGUUGUGAAAGAGCCUCCAGAUUAUUUGAUGCUCGAAGUGAAACCCGAAGGCGGCUCAAGUGUAUCCUUUCAUUAUGAGCUCAUCGAAGGAUUCUUUGCCGAUAAACGAAAGAAAAUUGAGCAGCAAAUUGAGCAAAAGAGUGUCUUCUCUCCGGAAGUUUUUUUCAACAUGCUCAUCCCACCGAUUAUUUUCAAUGCUGGCUACUCGCUUAAGAAACGACAUUUCUUUAGAAAUAUUGGGAGUAUAUUAGCUAUCGUUUUCAUUGGCACUACUAUUUCGUGUUUUGGCACAGGAUGUUUGAUGUUUGUGUUCACUUCGAUAUUUCAGAUGGGUUAUACUUUCAAGGAACUUUUGUUUUUCGGUGCUCUUAUCUCGGCUACCGAUCCAGUAACCAUCAUUUCCGUAUUCAAUGACAUGAACGUGGAAGCCGACUUGUUCGCUCUUAUUUUUGGAGAAAGUGCAUUGAAUGACGCUGUAGCUAUUGUACUUUCAGAAGUCAUUGAGAACUUCUCAACUAGCAGCGAAGCAAUCACACUACACGACUUUGGAAGCGCUAUUGCUGGAUUCGCUGGCGUCUUCUUUGGCUCAUUGAUGUUAGGUUUUGGCAUUGGAUGUAUGAAUGCGUUCCUUACAAAAAUGACGCUCAUUUCGGAGCAUCCACUGCUAGAGAGCUCUUUGUUCGUUCUCAUUUCCUAUAUAUCGUUCCUAGUGGCAGAAGUUUGUGGGUUGACAGGAAUCGUAUCAGUGUUGUUCUGUGGAAUUGCACAAGCUCAUUAUACCUAUAACAACCUAUCAGAUGAGUCGCAGAGUAACACUAAACACUUUUUCCAUAUGAUAUCAUUCAUUAUGGAGAGCUUCAUCUUCUGCUACAUUGGAGUCAGUGUGUUUGUGACCAACAACCAACGAUGGAGUUUUUCAUUUUUGCUCUUCUCUCUAAUCUCCAUCACCGCUUCACGCGCCUUGUUUGUUUAUCCGCUCAGUUGGCUUUUGAAUAUUCGUCGAAGGCCAAAAAUUCCGAAAAGGUACCAACACAUGAUUUUGUUUGCUGGUCUUCGUGGAGCUAUGGCAUUCGCUCUAGCUGGAAGGAAUACGUCAACAGAAAAUAGGCAGACAAUUUUUGCCACAACAACAGCAGUGGUUAUCGUGACAGUGUUGGUAAACGGUGGAUUGACUUCAUGGAUGAUUGAGUAUUUGCAAAUCAAGCAUGGGAAAGAUGCCAUUGAGGAGGGCCAACGGUUGGAGAACUCGAUGAGUUGUUCGCGUGGAGAACAACAUUCGGAUCUUGAGGAAACGAUUCCAGUGACAAUGGCUCCAGGAUUGAAUCCGUGGGAUAAGGCGUUUCUUCCAAGGAAGUGGUAUCAUUUUGAUGCAAGUUUCAUGAAACCUCUGCUCACCCAUGCAACACCAUCUCUGGAGCAGACACUUCCUCCAUUCUGCCUCCCGAUCACCUCGCUAUUGACGUCGAGCCGUCAACGCGCCUACCUCAACACGGACCCUCUCGACACAAUUGUACAGUCAGGCGCCGCUUCACUAAUUGAUGGUUCUGGUUGUGUUGAGGAAUCUGUUUAA